AUGAGGUCGUUCCUCUUGAUUCUGGCAUUAUGCCAUUUGGCUCUUUCUUGUACACUUUGCCCUUUUCGGAUACCUCCUAGACCUAGACCACUGGAUCAGUACAAAUUGCCAAAAGUCGGUGGAAAACAAUUUGAUUUGGAAAAAAUGCCGAAAUUUUGUAACGCAUCGAAACAGUUGCCUGUUGGAGCCGAGUGUCGAGCUCAAUUUGAGCACAUUUUCUGUUCGGCAGAUCGAUUGACAGAUACAUUCAGCGGAUGUCAAUCAAUUGUUAACAAAUCGUUGAGUGAGCAAGAGCAAUGCUCCAAAUGUGCGUAUCAAAAGGCUGAUAAUAGUUGGGUGAUGAGAUGGUUCGACUCGUUGGGAAAGCCAGCUGCGGGAAUUACAGAAGGCAAUUAUUACUGGCUUGGAGACUAUGAAUUGUGUACUGUACUCAGAGAUGAGAAAUCUUUUGAUGGUCAAUAUUGUCGAAUUGAAAUGGAAGUUCCCGAUGCUGGUGUGGAAUCCGGAUGUCCACAAACUGAUCCGUUGUCAAUAAUUCUUGGAGUAUGCUUCCCAGCUGCUUGUUCUGUUCAAGAUUUGGCGAAAGUUUCAGGAUUGUACCUCCCAUACAAUCUAAAAGUAGAAUGUGAAUCCCAAGGUCGUUGGUCAGCCAUAACCAUUCUUCUGCUUGUUUUAUUCGCAGUUUGGUUGGUCCCACAAGCCGUUUCUACCAUCCAACCACAUCUGAAUGAUUCCGUUCUUCAUUGCUUUUCAAUUUCUGAAAAUGCAAAAAGAACAUUCUCGACGCGACGAGAUUCUCCUCAUCUUCAUGUUGUUCAUGGUCUCGAAUUCCUUUUAUUUUUCACAAUUGUUUGUGGAAUGGUCUACACUUCAUGCUUCCAUAUAUUGGUAAAACGAAAAAAAGAUUCUCAAAACAAAAUUCGAAAUUUCCAGAAAACGUUGCAUUUUCUUUCGAAGGCGUUUCAUCAUUAUCAAUGCAUAUUGUCAAUAACUAUUCGUACCAAAUCGAUGGACUUCUUGCUCUAUCCGCAUUUUAUACAACUUACAUGCUUUUCGGGACUGUUCCAACUAUUCUGGCCUGCCUAUAUUUUCUGUGUAAUCUUCAUGUACACUGUCUUCCCGGGAGUCUCAUCUGGACCAAUGUGGAUUCAUACAGAUACUGUGAAUCGUUGUGAAGGUGGAUGGUGGAAGAAUCUGUUGUUUAUCAAUAACUGGUUCAAUGUUACUGACACUUGCGUUGAUCUUGGAUAUGUGAUUUCACUCGAAGCACAAUACUUUUUGAUUCUCAUCCUCUUUAUCUACUUAUCUUCCAAAUUUGUCAUGAUAACUCAGGUUUCAUUUUCUCCCCAAAUUCAGUCUAGAUAUUUUGUAAACGUUCAGAUUGUGGUCUACCUAAUUUUCGGAUCAUCCAUCGUUUUCUCAUUUGUCCGAGCCUAUAGACAAGAUCUCCCACCUGCUCCGAUGCUCACUUUAGAACCUGAACCACUGGAAAAGAUUUAUGCAGUAUACGAUCAACUGAUGCUCAGUCUUUUUGCUAGAAGUAGCAGCUAUUGCUUGGGAUUCAUUUUCGGAAUCGGAUGUGCAACUGCAUCUGAAGAUCUUAGAAAAAUGGGAUUACGAUAUAGAUGGCAUGCAAUUCUAGCAGUUGCAUGCAUUGCUUCUGGAAUCUUCCCAUUCGUUGGAGCAUUCCCAUAUUCAGCUUGGAACUGGUCAUCCAAUUUCAGAUUUAUGAAUGCAUUGUACGCAGCUUUUCAUAGACCAAUGUGGUCUUUCUCUCUUCUUUCUUUCGUCUAUCUUUGCCAUCACGGAGCAUUCAAAUGGAUCAAUGCUCUUCUGGAAUGGCGUGCAUUCACUCCACUUUCUAAAGUCACCUGGGUUGCUCUUGUUGUCGCUGAACCCAUCAUUCUCUACUUUUUCUCAUCCCUCAACAAGCCUGCUUACGCAACUCAUUGGAGUACGCUGUACACCGCUAUUUCGGCCGCACUUCUCUCCUACAUGAUUGCGAUUUUCUUGGAUAUAUUCGUGACAAGACCCAUCAGAUAUCUAAUUUAUCCGGAACAAAUGCAUCGAUAUGCACAAGCACAUACACAGGAACAACAGAGAGCAGCAGCGGUUUAG